CCGAGUGUCGUCAUUUUGGUCCGCGCGCCCAGCCCUGCGCCGCCCGCUUGCGUCGGCUUCUCCAACCAGCCCGCCCGUAUUUAUCAACACGGAUCUCCGCCUCCGACUGGUCUUUAUCAUCUUCUUCAUCUCCAUCUCCACCCAUCCCGGCAGCCUACUUCUGCCCAUCGGACCCUGUCUCUCGUUUCUCGUUCUAUGUCCGAUAUCUCUCCGCUCCCAUCACCGCCAUCACCGCCAUGCCCCUCACUAUCCUCUCCCAGACGCAGCUCCGCUCCCUGCUGCUAUCGCUCACCCGCGACCAGAUCAUCGACCUCCAGCAGAACCUCGCCAAUGCUCUCCGCGACUACUCCACCGGUAGCCAGGAGAAGGGCUGCGCCGCCGCCUACCAGCCACAGCGGACGGCCAUCACGCGCCAGAACGGCUGCACCACGCUGUUCAUGCCCGCCAGCACCGGCCACACCCUGGGCAUGAAGAUGAUCUCGCUCCAGGACAACGGCCAGGCGGGGUGCUCCGUCGACCCCGGCCUCGACCUGCUCUCGACGUCCACCACUCGCACGGGCUCCUCGUCCGCCUCCUCGCGCGUCAACCAGCGCAAAUCCAUGUCCUCCAUGUCCUCCGACGCCAGCGAACGAUCCAUCUCCUCAUCCCACGACGGCGCCGAAACCGAAACCGAAGUCGAAGGCGAAACCAGCUCCUCCCCGUCCAGCAGCCGCAAGUCGCUCUUCCCCGGCUGCGUCAACCAACAACCCAUCGACACAGGCCUCUCCAACACCCUCGGCGCCUGGCCCGCAGCCGGCACCCGCGACACCUCACCGCAAGGCAGCGUGACGCUCCUCGACGAAACCAGCCUGCCGUUCGGGCUCAUCAACGCCCACGAACUCACCCCCUUCCGCACCGCCCUCACCUCCACCAUGAUGCUCAACAAACGCCGCCGCAUCCGCACAGUCGUGGUCUUCGGUGCCGGCAAACAAGCCUACUGGCACAUCCGGCUGGCCCUGACCCUCCGCGGCACCGAGAUCAAACGGGUCUACAUCAUCAACCGAUCCUUCGAACGCGCCGCCCACCUCCUCCGCGAUAUCUACAGCCCGGAGAACAACAGCUGGCGCAGCGACGUCAAGUUCUCGGCCGUGAGCACCGACUUCAACGACUACCCGCGCAUCCUGCACGACGCGCUACUCAAAGCCGACGCCAUCUUCUGCUGCACCCCCUCCAUCGACCCCCUUUUCCCCGCCCACAUCCUCACCUCCCGCGACGGCCGCCAAAAGGGCCGUCUUAUCACCGCCAUCGGCUCGUACAAGCCGCACAUGACCGAACUGCCCCCCGACCUGCUCCGCGACGAGGUCCACAUCUCGACCUCCCAUCGCCACUUCCAUAAACAUAUCAAGCGGAGUGGCGUCGUGGUGGUGGAUAGUCUGGAUGCGGCGCUGAAGGAGGCGGGGGAGAUUGUCCAGGCGGGCAUCAAGCCCCAUCAGGUUGUUGAGUUGGGGGAGCUCUUGAUUGUGAAGGAGGCGUCGAGGGGCGAAGCUGGGGGAGAUGAUGGGAAGAGUUUGAGGGAUUGGGUGGAGCGCGGGAACGUCAUUUAUAAAAGUGUGGGCAUGGGGUUGAUGGAUUUGGUCACCGGUGGGGAUUUGGUUCGGUUGGCCAGGGAGAUGGGUGUGGGGACGACGUUGGAGGAGUUUUGAUUGUUUACUUGCCUUACCUUCUUCUACCUUCUAGGGGGGUUAUACCUUUUACCUACCUUCUAGAAGGGAAGGGGUUGUUGGUUUCCCUCAUUCCUCCUUUGUUCGCUCUGCCUUUUCUUUUCCUUUCUUUUUCCUUUGACUUUUUUUUCACCCCCCCUCUCACGGCCUUAUUCUUCGUUGUAAUUACUUUACUUACUUGAUAUCACGAUGCUGGGCAUGCAUUUCAGGUAUUUGCGGAGGUUAUGGUUAUGACCGUGGGUGUGG